GCAGGCGGGGAGGAGGAGGAAGGGUGCGCGCGCUGUGCGAGCGGCUGACAUGGCGCACUCGGGGCGUCUCCUGGUUCCCCUGGCAGCCCUGGCCCUGUUGCUCUGGGCGGUCCCUGGGGCCCACGGGCGGCGGAGCAACGUGCGCGUCCUCACCGAUGAGAACUGGACCUCGCUGCUGGAAGGGGAGUGGAUGAUAGAAUUUUACGCUCCCUGGUGUCCUGCUUGUCAGAAUCUCCAGCCGGAAUGGGAAAGUUUUGCUGAAUGGGGAGAAGACCUCGAGGUCAAAGUCGCAAAGGUGGAUGUCACCGAGCAGACAGGACUGAGUGGACGCUUUAUCAUAACUGCUCUUCCUUCUAUUUAUCAUUGUAAAGAUGGCGAGUUUAGGCGUUAUCUGGGCCCGAGGACUAAGAAGGACUUCAUAAACUUCAUCAGUGAGAAGGAAUGGAAGAGUGUGGAGCCUGUGUCCUCAUGGUUUGGUCCAAGUUCUGUUCUGAUGACCACCAUGUCGGCGCUCUUUCAGCUCUCUGUGUUCAUCAGGACUAGCCACAGCUACCUUGUUCACGACCUUGGCUUUCCUGCGUGGAUCUCAUACUUGGUCUUUGCCUUUGCCACCGUGCUUUCAGGACUGAUGUUGGGACUUUUUUUGAUAUUUGUGGCAGAUUGCUUUUGCCCUUCCAAAAGGCGCAAACCACAGCAGCAGCAGCCUACAAAAAAACCAUCACCGGAAGUUUCUCAACCUCUGAAGAAAGUGGAGGAGGAACGAGAGGCUAAUGAAGUUGCUUCAGAAGAGGGAACAGAAAAUAAAGAGGGAGCGAGCCAAGACUCUCUGGAGAGUAGCAUAAGACAGCGCUGUGUGGGCCCGCCACCGGCCACAGAUAAAUCCUAAUUUUUACAGAUGUCUUAAUAUUAUGGUUUUAACCAAACAGAAAAUUGCUACCAUUUCUCUGUUUUCAAGUGAACUGUGACUUGCUUGUAUAUAUAGUCUAGGUUGUCAUUAGGUUGGACAGUCCAUUCAGAAAAUAAAGCAGUUAGGCAUAACAGUUUGAAAUAUGAUUUAAGAAUAUUAUGAUGUUUUAAAGUUGUUUAAUUUCAGAAGAUCCUGGUGCCAAGCAGUAAGAUUUGUGUUUAUAUUUAAUGAUAUGUUUCGUGUGAGAAUCAAAACUGCCUUUCCCAAGAUUUGCAUUACUGGGGUAUUUAAGACAAUUACUUUAGAAGGAUUUCUCAUUUCACAUCAUUUUUCUCAGUUUCACUGUGUGAAAAAAGGAACAUAUUUCCCAUAACUGGGAACGUUGCCCAUUGUUUCAAGAUGUCUACUUCAUUGAUAACGCUGCGCUUAGGUAGAGUCCAAAAUUUCCUCAUAGAUUUUGGAUUAUACAGCUAACAGAACUACCUUACUUUAUAGCUUUCAUUUCUACACAUACAUAUAUUUAGGAUAUGCUGCUGAUUAAAGAAGUCUUUAUAAGUCUGUGAUAUUGUAUUAAUUCUUAAGGUUGAUGGCCUGUUUUGGUCUCUUGUUCACUAUAUGAUUUUUAUUUGCCAUGGGUUACAUUUUUAAGUCAGAUAAAAUUAACAGUAUCACUGUUGUCUUUCUGUGGGUAAACAGUAUUUUCCUAUUGUUUUAAGUUGAAGUUUACUGAGAGAACAUCAAAUUGAACUGUUUACUUGAAAAUGUACAAAUUUGGCUAUACAUUCCAGAUUUUAAAUUAUUAUAGUUAAGUGGUCUUGGAAGUUUUUUUGCUUUUCUCUUUUUAAUGUGAAGGUGAAAUUUUCUGAUUUUUAAAAUUUGAUGUGGAAAAGCUUUGGUAUUUUAUAUUUUGGAAAUUCAGAGCUUAAUUUGGUGUAAAAUGAAGUCUGCAUUCUACUUGAUAAACAUCUACUACUAUGUGUUUUUCCCAUAUCUGUCUUCUACAGGUUCUUGAUGGAUUUUAUAGUCAGUAUAUUGUUUUGUGUUUGAAAAUUGUAACAUUGUUACAUUUGAAGACAAAUUUUGUAUUGUACUGUUCUUGUCUGCUAGUACUGUGCAUCUCACAAAUGGGAAUCAGCAAGAUGGACUACAUCCAUUUUCAUCUCACAGCAGGGAAGGGGAUUAUGAGGGACGCUCUUGAUGUUGGGAAGGGGAAAGCAGACCAGGUUCUCGGAAUGAGUCAUCCAGCCUUUGUGGAAAGGUGGUUCUGUGACGCCCCCUCCCCCACGUUCUCUGUGAGCUCCUUAGACUUGCUGUGUUGUGUUGUGAUGUGCAACAGCUUCCUUCUAGGCCUCUCCUUUAUGAUAUUAAAUGUUCUGCUGUCAGAGUUGGGAUAUGUAGUUUGUGGUGGCUUAGAGAAACAUUCUAAGCAUAAAAUAAAUGUUUCUAAGCACUUCAA